AAGAUAAACCUCUAGUUGUAAGAGUUACAGAGAUUCUUUAAAAAUGAGUAGAUUAGAUUAGGGUUUUUGAGUAUAUUCUUCUCUUCUUUCAAAAUGGCUACUUUUUUGUCUCUAUACCCUUACAAUCCUAUCUUCUAUGUUCCAACUCCUUCAUCUAAUCAUGGUUCUGCUUCUGCUUCUUCCUUUUUCAAACGGACCAAAUUCGUAGUGCUUUCUGCACAUUCCAAUCCCAAGAUUCUCAAAACCAACAGAAAAUCAACCUAUGGGAAAUACCUUUCGACAUACGAUACAGAUGAAGAAGAUGAAGAAAUGGACGAUGAAGACGACGACGAUGAUGAUUGGUUCUCUGAUGAGGAAUUUGCUGAGCCUGCUGAUUUUAAUGCUAAGGAUAAGAGAUUGAAGUCAAAGAAACUUGCAGAUAGACAACAGGAAGAAGAACGUGGUGGCGCGAGAUCUUUUAAUAAUGGACAAAGUACUAGAUUGCCCAAAAGUCAGAGAAUAGCAUCUUUACAACAAAAUAACAGUGCACAGUAUGGUAGACAUUCAAAGGAGAAAAGAUAUCCACAUUUGUCUGAAGAGAUUGUUUUGGAUGUGAAAUGGUUACCACUUCUUGAUUAUUUAAGCACCUUUGGAAUUAAUGAAUCGCAGUUCAUCCAAAUUUAUGAGAGGCACAUGUCGUCAUUUCAAAUUAAUGUAUGUUCUGCACAAGAAAGGAUAGAUUACUUAUUGAGUCUUGGAGUUAAACAUAAAGAUAUAAAAAGAAUCCUUUUGAGGCAACCACAAAUUCUGGAGUACACAGUGGAGAACAAUUUGAAGACUCAUGUUGCUUUCUUGAUGGGCUUGGGCGUACCUAGUUCCAAAAUAGGGCAGAUUAUUGCUGCUACUCCAUCCCUUUUUUCUUACAGUGUUGAGAAUUCGUUGAAACCAUCGGCGAGAUAUUUAAUUGAGGAAGUUGGCAUCAAGGAAAAAGAUUUGGGUAAAGUCAUUCAACUGAGUCCUCAAAUUCUUGUCCAACGUAUUGACAUUUCAUGGAAUACUCGAUUUAUGUUUCUUACCAAAGAGUUGGGUGCACCCAGAGAGAGUGUUGUAAAGAUGGUGACGAAACACCCUCAGCUUCUCCAUUACAGCAUUGAUGAUGGAUUGCUGCCAAGAAUAAAUUUCCUAAGGAGCAUAGGAAUGAAAAAUCCAGACAUCUUGAAAAUCUUGACUAGCCUUACACAGGUGCUAUCUCUUUCCUUGGAGGCUAAUCUAAAGCCCAAGUACUUGUACUUGGUAAAUGAACUUCACAAUGAGGUGCAAUCCUUGACCAAAUACCCUAUGUACCUUAGCUUGUCUUUGGAACAGAGAAUUCGUCCUCGUCAUAAGUUCUUAGUUUCCCUAAAGAAAGCUCCAAAAGGGCCGUUUCCUCUUGGAUCUCUAGUUCCAACUGAUGAAUGCUUUUGUAAACAGUGGGCUGGAACUACUCUUGAUAAAUAUUUGGCAUUUCGCCAGAGAUUAUUGAUCAAAAAGUUUGCUGAGAAAUAUGACAGAAAAAUGUGAAUAGAUCAGAAUCAAGUUUGUCUAAAUCAACUUGAAUGAUUACUGGGAGAUGAUCAGCAAUCUCUUGUAAUAAAUACUAUUGCCAUGCAACAUAUUCAUUCUUUGGAGUUUACUAACAAAGCCAUGUCAUGUGCCUAUUCUCAUGUAACACAAAUAUCAGUAUCUUAUUCUCAGCAGAAGCUGCUCAAAAAAAUUUGUCAUUGCUGUUUAUGUUGGCCUGAAAGACAGAACAAUUCACGGUGCCAUCUGUUACCAUAAGGUUGUGGUCAAAGAUAUAGAUCGAAGAAAGAAGCUGCAUAAACUUAAGAUCCAAUUCAUGGAUUCUAUCAUUUAUUUUACUUUCAAUGAUGAGUUAUAGCUAUAAUUAUAAUCUGUACACAUUGUUUGUUUCUUUUGGUGUUUUCAUUGUUUUGUGUAUCAUAAAUCAAUAGGACCACUUUUAUUACACUUGACCAUUAUUUGUUAUCCUGAGGCAAUUUGUAUCACAUGUACAAGUAGAAAUAAAAACAAUUAUUGCCUUCAGAGCUGUACUUGCUACUAAA